CUUUGUUGUUUACAAUCCGGGUUGAAAGCGGUUCUGCGUCAUAAUCCGGAUUAAAUUCAGUGUGCGUGACGAUCGAUAUCAGACACGAACCUUGUUUUCCUCAAAGCUUCGUAAUAUGGCGGACAGAGGGGCAGUAUGGACAGACGAUGAAACCCGACUUCUGAUCAAAUUUUGGGGACAGAAAGAGGUGCAAGAGAGCCUCGAAGGGAUGUAUCGUAAUUCCGAGGUUUAUGACCAAAUCGCCGACAAAAUGACGGAGAACGGAUACGAUCGAAACGCUAAGCAAUGUCGAUGUAAAGUGAAACAACUAAAGAAAGACUACAGGCGCGAAAAAGAAUUGGGCAUUCCCUCCAAACGGCGAGCCUUUAGAUUUUUUGAUGAGAUGGAGGGCAUAAUAGGAAACGUGGAGACGCCCGGACUGGAGUGUAACGCCUCGGAGAGCGUGUCUGACUGUGAAAUAUCAAGUCAUUCUGAAGAGGCUGUAAAAGUAGAUACAAACCCAGUAGAAGUAAGUGCAGCAGUUCCUUGUGAUCAGGAUAAAAAAGAAACCCAGACGGAACGAGUAAAUACCGUCACAGAAGAGAAGGUCAGAAAACGAAGAAGCAUUACAAGUCUGGCAGAUAGACUACGGGCAGCAAAGAGAUGGAGAAGUUCCUUCAAUUCAACAAGAGAAAAUGAAAGAGACACGAAAUCACUGCUAGAGCGUACACUAGCCUCACAGACUCCCGAAUUCCAAGCCUCCGUGUUACUCGAGAUAGAAAGAAUGAAGAUAGAGAAGGAGAUAGAAUUAGAAAGAAUGAGGCUGGAGUACAAACAGAAACAGUGGAAAGAUAUUUUAGAACUUCUAGUGAAGAAGAAUAUCCCAUUAAACACGAGUCCUUCACAGUCAGGAAGUGGAAAUAAAUUGCCACCGGAGGAUAUUAAUAGCAGCAAAGAUGUGAAUAUUUCUAGCGGCAGUGAAGUUAAUCAUCAUGAUUAAAUCAUUUCUUCAACAUUAUACUUAGUUGGGUAUUUG